AUGCCAUCCCUGAGAAUGAAUCUUAAAAAUGGAUACGCUCAAAGUACUCAUCAAGGAAAGAGGGAACAGGCAACUGACAGCCAGUUGAGAGAGAAGUGAAGUCCAUGCAGUAGUAACAGCCUGGAAACAGGAUAUGCUAGAGUAAGAGACCUUCAAGCAAACUCACCUGAAACAACACUGUUCACAGACAGCUGCAAAGCUGCUAAGAAGGAAAUCUGCAGGUAUAAAGACUAUCAGUUGGACAGAAAUAAACAAAAUUUAUUUCUUCUUUCCCCUCAGGGCUUAAAAAUGCCACUUUUUGGCUGGAUGAAAUGGUCAAAACCAGAUUCCUACAAACACACAAGAUAUCCUGGAUCAGAAGUAGUUACAAAAACCCUACUGAGGGAAUUGAAAUGGCACCUGAAAGAGCGUGAAAGGUUAGUGCAAGAGAUUGAAAGUGAACAAAAAGUCCAGAAGACUGGCAUGGAUUACAACUGGCUGAAGAACUACCAAAACCCUCAAGCAACAAUUCCAGCUACUGAACAACGGCAGCUCGAACUUCUGUGUUCACAAAUCCAGCCUUGCCAAACAGGAACUGUUCUCAGCAGAUUUCGUGAAGUUUUGGCAGAAAAUGAUGUUUUACCUUGGGAAAUAGUCUACAUAUUCAAGCAAGUUUUAAAAGAUUUUCUUACCACCAUUGAGAGAGAAAACCAACAAGACCAACUGGUAGAUGCAUGGAAUACAAAUUGCUCUGAACAUUUCAGCCUGCACGGAGACAGUUCUAACAAAUCAGACAAAGAUGAAAUCCCCACGGUUUCAAGUUAUGUUGACAAAAACACACAAAGCAUGUUUCCUACCUUCUCUCAUAGAAUCUGGAAUCUACCCUAUUACUACCCAUCAAGUUAA